AUGGAUGCUGGACUCAUGAGGAUGAACAAUGGAAGCUGUGACGGUGUGGAUGAUGUUCAUUGUAACACCGCUCAUCUUCACACCCUGUCUGCACGCCCUUCUGAAGCUGGUAAAGGUGUGCCCACUACCUCCCUUCCUACAUUGAGCCCUCAUGUGUCCCCUAAUAAAAUCAAUUCUAUCAACCUGCUGGUUACACCAGAAAACUUCAACACCAAACAGCCCAGCACACACUUACCUGCACCAGCCCAGAUCAGAGGUCCUAACAUGGAUACAGAUUCAGCAAAAGGCAUGUCUGCAGAUUCUCUUCCAAGCUCCAGUUUGCCUUCAACUGAACUCACCAGCCUUGAUUCUGAAAUGAACCAAAAGAUUAGCAACCUCAAUAAAACCAACAUAGACACCACUGGGGCAGGUAUAUUAUAUACAGCUGUGCCAGGACACCAUACUGAAGCAUCAACCAAAACUCAAGAUCCCAGUUCAUCUCGCAUUCCAUUAAGGAGCACCACUGUUACAGCAGGAUCAUUGAUCAGUUCACCUCUAUCUACUACAGCAUCUUCCAAUCUUAAUGAAGAGCAUCAGUCCUCAACUCAAUCCGUCAUUAUCACCUCUGAAGUGAUUCCAUCAGUGGUUCCACCAGUUCUUCUAUCCAGUCCAGCUUCUACUGUGAAAGUCCUGAUUUCUGGAUCUGCAUCAUUAGAGAACUCUCAUCAGGUUGGAGCAUCAGAACUAGAUGUUGGAGAUGAAGACUCCAAAGUGCCCUCUGCUUCUCCAUGGGAUCCUUUGCUUGCUGGCUUAAUCUCCAUGUUCAUCAUUAGCACAGCUCUGCUCUCCACCAUGCUCUUUAUCAGGUUUCGCCAACAAAACAACCAUCCUGAGUUCCAUCGAUUGCAUGAUCUGCCCAUGGAUGAUCUUCUGGAGGAUACGCCACUGUCAAGAUAUGCAUAUUAGGAGACACUUUUUGUAUUUGUGACCCUACACUUUAUGAAAAUCCUCUAAUGGAUGUAUAUUAUGGAAACUACACUGACCAAAAUAGUUUGUAAUAAUAGACAGUCUGACAAGCUGUGGUAGUCCAGACUUUGUCUUUCUGGAGUGGUACUAACGCAUACUCAGUACACUUGUAAGGGACUUGUGCACAAUAUGGCCAAAAUAAUGUGGACAUCCAUCCUAAUCAGUGAGUUCAGGUCUAUGCUUCCAGUUUUGUGACAACAGUACCGUAGAAGCUUUCCUACUCAACCCUGUUAAACUCCUUGAAUAGACUCCUUACUAGCUGGUGUAUUAGAUCUAUUGUAUUAUAUCAGUUAGAUGCUUCCAACUUUGUGGCAAGUGGAGGAACUCAACUCUAAUGAACCCUCCUUUGGCAAAUAUAGAACACCAAUUGCAACCUAGACUUACUCACAUAACAUUGGUGCCUGAUGUCCAAAUUACUCUUUGAAUGAAAAAACACAAAUUUCCACAAUACCUUGUGGUAAUCAUUCCCAAAGGAGUUUUGGUAUAUGAUGUCUAACCAGCUCAUGGCCCGGUGUCCACAUACUGUUGGCCAUGUAGCGCACAUGUAUCUUUCAAGUGUAAUUCUGGGUAGAGAUAUUUUUUUUAAGUCCUAAACAGAGGAUUAGGGUCAAGAACUAGCCAAUAGAUUUGUGUUUGUUGUUGUGUUAUUUGUAUAUAGGAACUGAAAUGAUGAAGACAUUUUAAUGUAACAUACACUAAAUGGCCAAAAGUAUGUGGACAGCCUUGUAAUUAUUGAGCUCUGAUGUCUGAGCCAUAUAAAUUCCUAACCUUAUCUUUGGGGCCACAGUUGGGUAAGGCCCUUUUCCAGUUGCCAUGGUUUGACACGUUUGGUAAAAAGGAACCCCAAAGUUCUAAUCUCAACCCCAUCAUUGGAAUAAAAACACACUCCAAAAUCAUGUUGAAAGCUUUGAGUCUUGAGUGGAGGCUGUUAGGACUACAAAGAAAGGGUCAACUCCAUAUUAAUGCGCACAUUUUUGGAAUGGGAUGUCAAACAUGCUCGUGGUCAGAUGUCCACUUACUUUUGGCCACAUGGUGUGUACUUUUUCUACGCUGCUUUCUAUGGUUUGCAUAGUGCCUACUCUACUUUUGUGCCAAAUGUUUUAUAUUGUGCACUACCCUUAGGGGUCAUUUGAUCAGGAACACCACUAUUAUUGUGUAGGACCCUUUUUGUGUUAGAACAGCCUCAAUUCUUUGUGCUGUCGAUUCCUUAAGGUAUUAAAAACCUUUCCUUGAGAUUCAGGUGUUUGGUACAAUGAAUACAUCAGAGAACUGCUGCACAUUCAUGCUGCAAAUUUAUCGAUCUGCCAAGUCACAAAGGUGCUUUGUCAGAUCAAGAUCUGGUGACUGGGGAGGCCACUGAACGUAUUGUUUGUUAAUGGAAAUAAUUUAAGAAGACUUCCAUGACAUUGUGCAUUAUUAUUCUGGAUUGUGGCCAUUAAAGGAUACACUUAUACACCAAUACUUCGAUAGGCUGUGGAAUUCAAACCAUGCUUUACUAGUAAAGGUCUCAACAGAUGUGCCAAACAUUCCCCACACCAUUACACCACAACCAGCAGCAUAAACUAUUGACAAAAGGCAGGUUGGGACUAUGGAUUCAAGCUAUUUAUGCCAAAUUCUGACUCUACCAUCUGCAUGAUGGCCAGAAUUUCAGAAAUUUGUCCAGUGUUGGUGACUUUGUGCCCACUGCAGCCAAAGUAAAACCGGAUUGAAUCAAAUCUUGAUGCAUCUGACGAACUGGUGCAUUCUGAGAGGCUUUUAUACUUACCAUCAUUGUCAAUAGUGGUUAUCUGUGUUACCGUAGCCUUGACCUCUGACCUCUUUUAUUAACAAAGCAUUCUCGCUGUCAGAACUGCCGCUCACUGGAUGUUUUUUUGUUUUGUUUUGUUUUUGCAACCAUUCUGUGUAAACAUGUGUAUAGGUGUUCCUAAUAAAGUUUAUAUUGUAUGACUAGUAAAGAAACAA